AUGGGGAAUGAGCAGGAGCGUAAGGGAAAAGGCAAAGGCAGGAGAAACCGUAGUCGCCGCAGCACCACCUCCGAACAGCCCUCGUUCCGAUGGACCCGGGUGAAACAGAUGCAGGUGCCAAAGGGCUGGUUUAAAGGGAUCUCGGAGAACAUUGUGGCCGAUUAUGACUACGCCAUCCUGGAGCUUAAACGGGCACAGAAGACUAAGUACAUGGAUUUAGGUGUUAUCCCCUCCAUCAAGAAGCUGCCCGCAGGACGUAUCCAUUUCUCUGGAUUCGACGACGACCGGCCAGGCAACCUGGUGUACCGCUUCUGCUCCGUGUCCGAUGAGUCCAAUGACCUGCUGUACCAGUACUGCGAUGCAAAGCCUGGCUCCAGUGGCUCGGGUGUCUACAUUCGGCUCAAAGAGCCUGGCAAGAAGAAAUGGAAGCGGAAGAUCAUUGGAGUGUUCUCGGGUCACCAGUGGGUGGAUGUUAAUGGGAUGCAGCAGGAUUACAACGUGGCCGUGCGAAUCACGCCCCCCAAGUAUGCACAAAUCUGCCUCUGGGUCCAUGGGGACUCCAGCCAGUGUCGGGGCACCUGAGAGACUCCGUCAGCAUCAGAGUCAGAAACCCUUGUGCCUCCCAUUUGUGCACUACACAAACUGCUGCAUUCAUCAACACUAAAGACUAUAACACACCUACCAUUGAACUUUUCCAAGCUAUUUUGAUACCUUAAUUUAUUUUAUUAGACAGCUUUUGUUAUGAAUCAGUUAGAGCGAAUGUAUUUCUAGAUUCAGUUGUCCUAACGAGAACUAAUUCUGUCCUAAACUGUCAUUUUGAAUUAGAAAAUGUACUUCAGUCAGUGUUGUUUGAUAUGGGAGGCAUUUGUUUUGUCUGGUAAUCUGUCUGGAUACCUUGAAGUAGAAAGCUAGAUGACUAGUUGACACAAGAAAAAAAAAAAAACUUUUUUUUUCUGAGAGA